CGUUGCGGCUUUCUUUGCGUCACUACCGGGAUGAAGCCGAUCCUGCUGCAAGGCCAUGAGCGGUCCAUUACGCAGAUUAAAUAUAACCGCGAAGGAGACCUCCUCUUCACCGUGGCCAAGGACCCUAUCGUCAAUGUAUGGUACUCUGUGAAUGGUGAGAGGCUGGGCACCUACAUGGGUCAUACUGGAGCUGUGUGGUGUGUGGACGCUGACUGGGACACCAAGCAUGUCCUCACUGGCUCAGCUGACAACAGCUGUCGUCUCUGGGAUUGUGAAACAGGGAAGCAGCUGGCCCUACUCAAGACCAACUCAGCUGUCCGGACCUGCGGUUUUGACUUUGGGGGCAACAUCAUCAUGUUCUCCACGGACAAACAGAUGGGCUACCAGUGUUUUGUGAGCUUCUUUGACCUACGAGAUCCAAGCCAGAUCGACAACAAUGAGCCCUACAUGAAGAUCCCUUGCAAUGACUCCAAGAUCACCAGUGCUGUUUGGGGACCCCUGGGGGAGUGCAUCAUCGCAGGCCAUGAGAGUGGAGAGCUCAACCAGUAUAGUGCCAAGUCUGGAGAGGUGUUGGUGAAUGUUAAGGAGCAUUCCCGGCAGAUCAAUGACAUCCAGUUGUCCAGGGACAUGACCAUGUUUGUUACUGCAUCCAAGGACAACACUGCUAAGCUCUUUGAUUCCACAACCCUUGAACAUCAGAAGACUUUCCGGACAGAACGUCCCGUCAAUUCAGCUGCCCUCUCUCCCAACUAUGACCAUGUGGUGCUGGGUGGUGGUCAGGAAGCCAUGGAUGUAACCACAACCUCCACCAGGAUUGGCAAGUUUGAGGCCAGGUUCUUUCAUUUGGCCUUUGAAGAAGAGUUUGGACGAGUCAAGGGUCACUUUGGACCUAUCAACAGUGUUGCCUUCCAUCCUGAUGGCAAGAGCUACAGUAGCGGUGGUGAAGAUGGUUAUGUCCGCAUCCACUACUUUGACCCACAGUACUUUGAAUUUGAGUUUGAAGCUUGAGAAGCUAGCUCUCCAUCCAGGCCAGGAGUGCUGCUCACAGAAAGUUUUGGACUCUGAGAAACAAAUUAGUUUGGUAAUAAAUGUUCUCUGGCCAGAUA